AUGCCGGGUAUACUUCCAAUGAAGGUAAUCAAGGUGGGCAAUGCAAUGAACGGGACAACUAGAAUCGCGCAGGCUUGCGAUCGGUGCCGGUCCAAGAAAAUAAGAUGUGACGGUGUAAGACCGAGCUGCACACAAUGCGUCAAUGUUGGCUUCGAAUGCAAAACGAGCGACAAACUAAGUCGAAGAGCGUUUCCCCGGGGCUACACAGAGUCGUUGGAAGAGAGGGUUCGGUGCCUCGAGGCCGAGGUCAGGGACUUGAAAGACCUGCUAGACGAGAAAGAUGAGAAGAUAGACAUGUUGUCCAGGAUACAUUCGCACUCGCCGCAGUCUCUAAACACUCCCCGGAGACCGAGCGCCGUAUCGCUAGUACCAGUCCCCGAGCAGAGGGAGGAGCAGGUUGAUAAGGACGACGUCUUCAAGGUUCAGCAGCCUCCUUUGUUGUUGGACGACGAGGAGUCCAAUGCAUGCUUCAUGGGCGCCUCUAGCGGACGACAUAUGAUCGAUUCUUACAGACUCAGGCUACAAGAAGCCGGCAAGGCUUACGCGGACAUCAGUUCCGAAGCGUUCCUCGGCGCAGAGUCUCACGCUUCAUGCCACAGUCUGGUUACUUCAUGCCGAUCGCCUCCACGCAUAGUUUCAGAUCAGAUGAUCAACAUCUUCUUCCAGGAGUGGGCACCACUCUUUCCGGUUCUGCACCGUCCAGCUGUCCUUCAGCUAUACGGCGAGUACAUUUCCGAUCCAGAAGCAGUCCAGGACAAGAAAUCUAUCGCACAGCUGAAUCUUGUUUUCGGGAUUGCUGCGCUCUCAAGCGAUUCCUACGAUUUGCAACAGCUCGCAUCGUUUGAAGCUCAAUGGCAAGAAGCGCUCGAGUCGUGCCUAAUGGACAGCUCUUUGGCCACUUUACAAUGCCUUGUUCUAGCGCAGAUUUACUGCCUGCAGAGGUCCGACCACGCACGACUGCUCAAGUACAAGGGCAUCGCAGUCGGCUUGUCGUACCGCCUUGGUCUUCAUCAGCCCCAGAAGUGCUUUGCGCUGGACACGCUCACUAGCGAGACAAGGAAGAAAGUGUUUUGGACUCUGUAUACUCUUGACUGCUUCUCUGCCGCUCAGCUCGGCAUGCCGAAGCUCAUGAAAGAAGAAGAUGUUCACUGCGAAUUCCCGGUCGAUACUGACGACGAAUACAUCACCGAAAACGGGUUUCUCUCAACCCUUCCCGGGGAGUUUACAAAAGUGUCGAGCGCUCUCGCUCUUUUCCGUGUGUCGCGAAUUCUUGCCAAGGUCUUGAACGAUAACUACACUUCUUCAGCGUCGCAUACAAUAUCAUUCCGCGGGAUGGCCGCUCUUGUCGAUGAGCUGGAUAACUGGCAGGUCAACCUUCCUCAGCAUCUGAAGCUACAGUUUGCCCAAGACAGACCGAGCACCAAUGUUACAGGCAGUCGCUCGCCAAUUCUUUCUUUAACUUACCACUACAUCCGGUCCUUGAUCUACCGCCCAGCUGUUUGCGCUGGACUGGGCAACCGAGCUUCUUCUGCAGUCGUCGCCAUUGCUGGAUCGUCCAAGUCUGUCAUUCAGAUCAUCCAGCUCCUAGAGGAAAGAAGUCUCUGCUUCUCCAUGUGCAUGAACAAGCACGAGCUACUGGUCCUGUCGGCUUUCGGUCUCCUGUUCCAGAAUCUUGACCUGGACCCCGAAGGCCGCCUGAUCAAAGAAAACCAACGAAUGGUAUCGACCAUCGCGGACAUCAUCGAGCGCUCCAGCCCCCGCCUAGCGAGUGAAGUCCGAAGCGUGAGCUUUGCAAGAGGUCCAGCCCCUCGCCCCGAGGCCCUCGCCCGUCCGCAACUGUCCCGCCACAACUCAGAAGGGAGUAUGCUAGCGCCCCUCAAGUCGUUCAGAGAAACGUCUAAACAACUCAAAGCCAUCGCCUCCCGCUUCUCGCCCUCCAAGCACAACCGGCACGAGUCCCACGACCCGAAAGACCAACGCCGAGCCACCGUAGCCAGCAUCCCCAUCCACAGCAACCAUAGCAACCAAAGCCAUACCAGCCUCAACUCGACUCGCUCCGAGCCAGCCACCCAAGCCCGCUCCGAGCCGACCAUGAGCCCCGUUGCCAAGCGCUCGACUGUGCCCGCAACAGCGAUCAGGCGACCCCCCACCGCCGCCGCCGCCCGUCACACUCCGAACCUCGACUACCUCUCCUUCGGCCCCGAUCCCGUACCCGCCUACUCCUGCUACCCUACCACGACCCACGCCUCGAAAAUCGAAGUUUCCUCCACCGAUUGGGAACGCCUCCUCAGCAGCCUCGAGAACGGCCAAACAAACAUCUACGACGGCAUCUACGGCGGCCCGCCCGUCGAAGCGCUGCUAGAUGCGCCGGCGCUCUCGGCCGCGGCGCCGGACGCGACGUUCGACUGGUCGCAUGGCGUGUGGGGCUUUGCUGCGCCGCCGGAGUACCACCAGCCGCCGCCGCAGAGCGUGCUGAGUUUUUCGGAUGAGAGUUUGACGAGUGGGGGCGCGGAGUAUGAUUCGAAUUAUGAGCUGGGCAGCGCGGCGAGUAGUGUGAAUAAUUCGGAGACGUAUCGGGGGAUCCUGAUUCCGGAAUUGAGUCCUUGUGGGAGUAGCAUUGGGUUGGGAGGGUUAGAUGGGAACUUUGGGCUUUAG